UUAUUUUAUUUGUUUUUAGAUCCGAAGUCUCACUCAUGCAAUAUAUUUCUUCGAUUGUACCUUCUGCUUUUCAUCUCCUUCUCGCAGAAAGCGGGUAUUUUUAAGCGUAGCCAUGCAGGGGGCUACCAGCAAUGAGCUCGAUUCACUGAUGCUGCAACUAAUGAUGGCCGAUUCUGAGGAAUCCUCGUUGGAAUCCGGAACACCAACGAGCGAUGGCGAAUAUGUGAAUCUUGAUUCGGAUUCCGCGCAGGAAGAUACCGAAGAGGAACACAUCGGCAGCGAAUCACAGGCAGAACUACUGGUGGAUAUUUUGUGGAAUCCACAAGUUAUCUUCUCCGCUUUGAACGGUGACGGCGAUGCCAACGAAGAAAGCGUGAACUACAAACGAGCAAGAAACAUGUCUAAAUGGCUUCGAAUGUUGGCCGUGCGACGAUCUAAAAAUGUGCAUAGUUUCUUGAAAGCAUUCGCGCACGUGUUGAAAUUCGUGCUUUGUUUACGGAAGAAUAAGCGAGUGGAGAAUUCAGACUCGAAGAAUAAUCCAUUCGUCGUCCCUUUGAAAGAUGCGAUGCAGAUCUACACAAGUUACAGCAAUCUUCCGGACAAUUUGCUGUUCGACAAAAUUUUCGAUUUCCUGCUGAGAAACCCCGAAGGGUAUUCCGAAGUUAACCUUGCUGAUCUGGAACUUAUUGCUCGUCUCCUCUCCGGCAAGUACAUAUGUCCACUGUUAGCUUUUGAUGCAUCCUCUCCUAAACGACGUCAGUGAUUUUGUGCGUAAGUUUUCUGAAUGUAUCGAGUGAAUUCGCAUGCGGGCUUGUACAUACAUUUUUUCAUCGGAAAAAUGACGUGUUCACCGAAGUGUUCGGUGGAAGAAAGUGUUGCGGUGUUUGUUUCUGGUGUAUUUCGACGUUUUCUUGUUUUUGAGCGGGAUGAGACAAAUUCGUAACGAAGAAUGUAACGUC